UUACCGUUAGCCCGUCGUACUUAUCAAUUAGCGCGUUUUAUGACAGUGCCCCUGUCGCCCGAAAAUCCCAUCAGAUGUCCGAUCCGUGAGCGUAUUUAUUUUCUCUCGGCGCACGGAAAACUUCCACAGGCCUUAGCUUCAGUCUGUCGAUUCGCUCGGAGGCGGUGCACGCAUAAUUUGGCUGAGAAAAAGGCAAGGUCAAACAAGGUCUUUUUUUUCGACUGGCGAAAAAAUCCAAAUAAGUGUGUGCGCGGGUGGUGAAAGGAGAAAGCUAGAGAAAUGGCACAAGUACGACUUUUAUUGCAGGGAGUACGGAGGGGACUUCUCAAUGUAGGUGUCGCCACGCCCCAAGACUCGGCCGGCCAGGUAGCAACCCAAAUACGCCUUCAGCACAGUUCGACAAACUGCGGAGAUUAUGAUCUGGUUGUGGUUGGCGGCGGUAUUGUGGGCGCUGCCUCUGCCCGAGAGAUUCUGCUCCGCCAUCCCUCUCUCAAAGUGGCCGUCUUGGAGAAGGAGUCCCAGUUGGCGAAGCACCAGAGUGGGCACAAUUCCGGAGUGAUCCAUGCUGGCAUUUAUUACAAGCCGGGAACUCUGAAAGCCAAGCUUUGUGUGGAGGGAAUGCAUUUGGCCUACGCUUAUUUGGAUGAGAAAAAGAUCCCUUACAAAAAGACCGGCAAACUGAUUGUAGCCACAGAUGAAAAAGAGGUGAAACUGCUGGGCGAUCUGGAAAAACGUGGCAUUGCCAACAACGUUCCCGAUUUGCGAAUGAUCGAAGGCAGUGAGAUCCAGGAGAUCGAACCCUACUGCAAGGGAUUGAAGGCUCUCCACAGUCCGCACACAGGAAUCGUUGACUGGGGAUUGGUAACCCAACAUUAUGGCCAGGACUUUAAACAGUGCGGCGGUGAUAUCUACCUGGAUUUCAAUGUCAACAAGUUUAGCGAGACCAAGGAGGGCACUGAUUAUCCGGUGACCAUUCAUGGCAGUAAACCAGGACAAACCGUUCGCACUAAGAAUGUCCUGACCUGCGGUGGAUUGCAAUCCGAUCUGCUGGCUGAGAAGACAGGAUGUCCCAGAGAUCCUCGAAUCGUGCCAUUCCGCGGGGAGUACUUGCUGCUGACCAAGGAGAAGGAGCACAUGGUUAAGGGUAAUAUUUAUCCAGUGCCAGAUCCCCGUUUCCCCUUUCUGGGAGUUCACUUUACGCCGCGCAUGGACGGUUCCAUCUGGCUGGGACCAAAUGCAGUGCUGGCCCUCAAACGAGAGGGUUACACCUGGGGGGACAUAAAUCUUUUCGAGCUCUUCGACGCCCUGCGCUAUCCGGGCUUUGUGAAGAUGGCCAGUAAAUACAUCGGCUUCGGUCUUAGCGAAAUGUCCAAGUCGUGGUUCAUCAACCUGCAGAUCAAGGCGUUGCAAAAGUACAUCCCAGACAUCACUGAGUACGAUAUUCAGCGUGGUCCCGCGGGAGUUCGUGCUCAGGCGAUGGAUUUGCAGGGCAAUCUGGUAGACGACUUCGUCUUCGAUCGGGGAGAGGGCUCUGGAGCGCUGGCCAAGCGGGUCCUCCACUGCAGAAACGCGCCAUCGCCCGGAGCAACCAGCAGUCUUGCCAUCGCCAAGAUGAUCGCCGAUAAGAUCGAGACUGAGUUCUCCAUCGGCAAGUGAUAACGAAUAUCCUAACGAAAACCAAAGCAAUAGUACAAAACUAUUGUCCAUCCAUCGUCGUCAGUAAAUCAGAUACAUACUACUGUGUACCAAACUUUGCCUUUAUAGUGUGUCCGUAAUUUAAAAAUCUGUCUUUAAAGUGGACGAAAUAAGUUUGUAAAAAUUGUAUAAUCAAUUUUGUAAACUUAUUUGAUUCACUAUUGCAUUUUGUUACGUAAAUUAUAAAGUUAAUCUAUUUUGUAUUAAAAUAAUUAAAAACUUUAUGUGAAA